AUGGCCGGCCCCGGCCCUCGAUGCGCCCCCGACGCCUCCCGGGUCCGGGCAGCCGCAGCCCCAGUUGCGGGCCUCACCGCCGCCCGCUGCCGCGCCUCAAUGGCCACAGUGGCCGGCCCCGACCCUCGCUGCACCCCCACGCCAGCCGGGUCCGUACCGCCGCAGCUGCCGGCCCCGCCCCCGCCCAGCACGGGGCCCGGGUCACCCACGCAGGGAGGCGUACCGAUCCAGCAAGUGCGCUUCCCGCCGUCACCGUCCCCAAUACCGGCCUGGCUGGCCGGAUCAUCGCCGCCACCCAUCUACACAUCGGCUGGCGACCCGCCGGCACCCACUCUGCAGUUCGGUGAUCCCUCCGGCUCGGCGGGGCACUCCAAGGCCGCGGCCAUGCUGACCGGGCGCCCCAAUCCUCGCUGCUUCGCACCUCCGAGCCAGUCCGCCACGGCUCUCCGACUCAGACACCGCCGCAGUUUGCCAAAUUGGACUUCGCCACUUAUGACGGCACGGAGGACCCCCUCAACUGGCUCAACCAAUGCGAGCAGUUCUUUCGCGGGCAGCACACCCUCGCUUCGGAGCGUACCUGGCUCGCCUCUUACCACCUCCGCGGCGCGGCACAGACCUGGUACUACGCCCUAG